CCCCAUCCCUGGAGACUUUAAAGGCAGGGCUGGAGCGGGCCCGGGCAUCCUGAUGGAGCUGUGGUGUCCCUGUUCAUUUGGGGGGAGUUGGACUAGAUGGCCUUCAGAGGUCCCUUCCAACUCUAAGGAUUCUGUGAUUGUAUGAUUCUGUGCCCUGGGGUGUGAACGGAUGCAGUGUUUGGUGCGAUCCGUUCUUUGUGCCACACGCGAGCAUAACCAGAUGUGUUUGGUCUGCGCCCCUACAAGCUCUGAGAGUACAGAGGCAGUUCUAAAGGCCGCCCACUGAGUGUCAUCAGUGACAUCACAAAGGGUCAGGGCAGCAUAGGUGAUCGCAAGGGGAAAGCGGAACAGUUGCAGGAGCGACAGCGACAGGGCAGGAGCACAGGGACCUUCAAGGCAUUCCUGAGCACAGCCCACUUCUCGCCAUGCCACUCCCGCAUGCGCGCAAGAGCCGGCGAAUCUGCCUCUCCUUUUCCCCUCCCUUUGCCAGCUCUGCUUCUCAGUCUGGUGAGACUGGUGGCGAGGUGGUGGAGGUGAGACCUCCCCGCAGGCCAAAGUUGGCUUGGCAGGCGUGGACUCCAGAAGAGGAGGAGGAGGAGGAGAUGGAAAAGAAGGAGAUCAUAAAUCCACGUUUUGAGAUAUUGGAGCACUGGAGACGAGCAGCCAUUGCAUGCAUCUGCGAGUUUCUGAGGAGAAAGGACAAGGAUGAGCAACAGAAAAUCAGAUUCCUGAGAGGCAUCUGCACGCUGUGCAAAUGCAAGGACACGUCGCUCAACUUGGAUGCUUUCUGCCGAGAAAACCGGCUGGCAGCGAAUGUCCAGGUGCUGAUCGAUGAGGAGCCCAAGCACACUUUGGGCUCAGAAAUAAAGCAGGAAGCCAUGAAGAGCUUUGCCAACAUGAGCACUGUGGAGACAGCACUGGAAGGCCAAACGGAGAGCAUCCUGAAUUCUUGCUUCAACAGUGUCUUCUUUUUGCCUCCGGAACUGUGCAUACCAGAAAAGGAGAAAAGACUCUACCUUGAGACCAUGAGUGCCAUGGACAGCAUGCUAGAAGCCUUGGUGCAGAACUGCCCCAACAGCAGAAUGAGGGAGGAGCUGCACAGCAUCUUUCAGGCUCUGCUCCACUUCUUCAGCUCCCAGCAGAUGCAUGUCCGUACGAGAGCCCUGCAUGGGGUUUUAAUGAUGAUCACGAGUUUUAUGGAAAAAGUAAGGAGCCAAGCACCCUCCAGCCAGGCUGUCUCCCAUUCUCCAUAUCCCAGAGCAGCUCAGGG